AGGGUUGAUUUCCCUGCCUGCUCUCUUUCAGUUGUUUUUGUGUUUUCUCUGGCGUCUCUGCUUUUCAGUUUACUGAAAUGGGUUUAAGGACCAUCAUUGUUCUGGCUGCGUUGAUGGGGAGCGGGAGUCUCGCUGCUACGAUCAGACCUGAAACUGCUUCAGCAGACAUCCCGGGUCAUCCCGGCGUUGUGAAUGACACGGCAGAAGGAGCUGGACAGAAAGAAGAAUUACCACUGGAGGAGCUUGAGGAAGAUGUGAUGGCAACCGGUGAGCUGAACCCUACUCACUUCCCCGCUCAGAGGGCAGCAAAGGUGGUCCAACACUACCUCAACACCCGCUACGGCUCCCCAUACAAGCUGUUUGGGCUAGAAAAAGUCUACAGCGGAAACGCAGAGGAUGUGGAAGGUUCAGGAAGGAGAUAUCAGUUGGAGGUCUCCGUGCAUGAGAUCAUUAACAACGCAACCCAGAAGUGCUCUGCGGAGGUUUUCUUUCCACUGGGAGAGAAGUCCCUCUCACCUCAGGUCCAGGCCUCCUCCCUUGAGGAGCUCCUUAAAAAGAGCACUGCAGUUGAAGAGGAAGCCUUAUUCCAAAAGUACAAGUUGAACCAAAGCCUGCUGUCAGCACACAAUUUGCCUGAUAGCCAUGGCCACAUUGAGCCUGACAUGGAGCCUUUCUGGCACCUCGGUACAGUGGCCUCCAGCUUCGUCAUGCUGAAGGAAUCCACAGAAAGCACUCUGUACAAUAUGGCCCAGGUGGCCAACAUCACACAGCAGCCAACUGAAGAUGACCAGCUGAAGUUUGACUGUCACACACUAUUGCAUGACAUGGUGUCUCAGGAAAUCCUUCACUGGAAGCUGCUCUUCACCUGGUCUCCUGCAGGGGGCGUAAAAGUGCUGCAGAUGGAGCAGCUUCCAAACUGCCAACGUUGUGAAAAACCUCAAAACACACUUUAAAGUGCCGGCAUCAUCACACUACCAUUACAACAUCUUGUACUCAGCUGUUGCAUCGUGAAUGUUUUUGGAGAGAUGCUGUAAGAACUAAAGCAAGAUUUUCCGCUGAUUCUUGCAGCACAAACUUCGACAUGCCAAAGGAUCCAGCUUAUACCCAAUAAAUGUUUAACUGCC